CAGUUGUGUUGUUAUGUGCUGCACUCUGUCUCUGUCUUACUAGCUCACUCUCACUUUCUCUCUCUCUCUCCCUCCCUCCAUCUGCUUUCUUCCAUAUCUGUGUCCAUCUCAUUUAGUCUUUCUUUCUGGAUCUCCAUGUAUGAUCGCAUGAUCUUCACUUUGGUUUGGGUUCAUUUCUUUCAAAGUGCUGGCGCCCUGAACUUUGUUUUUAAUGGUAUUGUCAGUGACUUCUCUCUUCCUCUUUCACUCUCUCUCAUAUACUUUUUACAUUGUGUUGUCACCGUCAUCCAGUCACAUUUGCAUGAAUGACGUUUGUAUUUCCUCCAUCAGCAGCAGAAAUGGCUGUAAGAAAACUAAAGCGGGAAGAGGAACCAAGGGCCUUUGUGGUGAGAGAGUGUGCCACAGUCACAUGCUCGCUGUCACUCUCUUGUUCGUUUUACCUCGCACUGUUUCAAAGCUGGAUUUUUGUUUCUACAUUGUGGAUUUAAUUGGGAAAUCUUUAGCUGCUGCCGUGUCACCUUUAAGUUCCAAGCUCUGGUAAUUAGUGAGCUCCAUCUCCCAGCAUCACAAGGGUUGUGUUACCAUGGCAACUAGCAAGCAGAGCUUUGUGAGAGCUACCGAGCCUCAGUGUUCAGCGUCUGCACAGAGAGAGGAAGAGACGCGUGUUAAGGCCCCUCUCACGACUAUGUAUGUCCACAGCGUUCCUGCCCCUGGCCUGCAGCCAUAUCCUCAGGCCCAACCUGGAGCCUUGCAGGAUGCAACGGUUGUACCACUGUUCCUUCCAAGGAUGUGUAGCAACUCGACUCUGCCCUCUCUGACACUGCAUAUUGCCAGCGGGGCUGUUUUGCAACAACAAAGGCUAGUGGCUCCAGCAACCUCGGGCAGACCUAAGUCUUUUGGGAAGCAUAUUUGCCCACAGUGCGGUAAGGACUGUCUGAAGCCCAGCGUGCUCGAGAAACAUCUUCGUUGCCACACAGGAGAGCGACCAUAUCCCUGCACUACCUGUGGCAUUUCCUUCAAGACGCAGAGUAACCUUUAUAAACACAAGCGCACCCAGGCUCAUGCCCGCCUUUCCAGCGAAUCUGACAAAGGCACCUUCAGCAGCCAGGAGAGCACAGAGAGUUUAAAGGACAACUGUACAAGUCCAUCCUGUGAGAUGAAUGGCGGAGAUUCAGCUGACUUGAAGAGGAGUAAAGAAGUUAUUCCUGUAGUGACAAUACCGAGUCAGGUAGACUCUAUAGUGCACAAUGGAUUAAGGACAACACCAGCGCUUCAAGACAAUGUAAAUUAUUUGAGAAAAACUGUGGAAUUAUCAGAUGGUGUGAAAUAUAAUCCUGCUAUCCAGCAGACAAGUGCACUGUGUGAGGAUGGAUGUACACAGCUGACUCCAAAUCGUAUGCCUCUUCAGAGGCAAGAAGCUUUGUUCUCCAAACCGUGGGAUUCCCCAAUGUCCCGAGGAAAAUCUCAAAGCCACGACAGUACAGACUCUGGCUUCAGUGACAGCAGUGAGCAUCAUUUAUCCAGCAGUCCUGGAGCAAGUUUGCAUUAUCCCAGUAUGGAAUCAUUGACAGAAACCACUAUGGAACGGCAGGAACCAGGCACCUCCCAGGCACCCUCAGAGAUGACCCCUGACCCCAAAUGCAAGGUGUCCAUUCAGGAGAAGCAGAAGCUGGAAGAAUGGAUUUCAAAGCUUAUAUAUGAGAAUAGUGUGCUGGUGGAUAAUAAACAACUGGAAACUGUGAGGCCAAGAAAGACAAUAUUGUCAAAACAAGGAAGCAUUGAUCUUCCUGUGCCAUACACUUAUAAAGACUCCUUCCAUUUUGAGAUAAAGAGCAGCAAGCACAGCUCAAGCUCACAAAAUCAAGACAGAGGAGGUGGGGCAAUUCACGGCUCUGUGCCUACACAGCACUCCACUGGCUUGGAGCAUGCACCAUUAACACGAAGCAGUUCUUUACCCUUCCCUAUGGGUGGCAAACCCACUGAUGGAGCAAUGAAUUUGAAUCUUAGCAGACGGUGCAGUGCAGGGCAUGUUUACCCAUUAAGGUCAUCAGACCAACGAGCACCAUGUCAUCGCUCACUAGUUAGGCAGGUAGCGGUAGAUUGUCUGCCUACUGCAGAGGGAUCCCCAGUUGAAAGAGGUAGUAUUAGCAGCCUUAGCUUGGAUGGGGACAGCACUGAUGUUGGAACAGAGCCAACUAUAAAAGGAAACUACAGGAAGAAAGCCCGAAAAUUUGACUACACAAAAUGGCACACUUACAAAGGUGGGACAUUUACAAAACUCUACAAUACUGAGAAAGACUGUACACUGAAGGCGAAAAAGACUACACUGAAUUCUGACCAAAGCCUGGGAAUUCAAAUUAACCAACAGAGGGACAAUGGAUCCGUGUCUCUGAGCUUUACUUCCAGUUCUGUUGUGACCUUACAAAAUGACCUUAAGGUGUCAUAUACCAGCUUUGAAAAUAAUAAGGGGGAAGACAUGGAAAGGGAUGAAAUAAUAACACAACACACUGACUUCCAUAUCCCAUCAGAGAGGAAGAAACUGCGCACUGGGAACGAUGUGCAAAUGCUCAGUAUUUCAGAUCCUAGAACUGGAGAGGCAAAUGAAAAUCUGUGUGGUUUAAUUAGUCAAUUACCCCUGUCAACUUGUGCAACGUACGGUUCCAUCACAGUUCCAGCACAAAAGGUCAACAUGCAAAAUCUCCACCCGCAAGGUAGCUUCAUACAUCAGCUGUCAAAUUCAAGUCAGUUCCUUGGUAAUACUCUUAGCCCUGCUUUUUGUUUUAUCAACGUGAGUGGGACAUCUGGCACCCCGUCUGGUUCUAUCAGCAGCCCUACUGUCCCUGAAGCGAAGACCAGCUUUCCUCCCAAAUACCAGCUGAAGAUUCCGUGUUCCACAGAUGGAGUGUCAGCUUCUUGUUCUGGCUCCACUUUAGCACAUAGCACUUGCUCAAACAUUCCAGAUCUCAGGCAAAGCCGCCAAACUACAGUGCAGUGUCAUCUUGAGAACAGUUUACAACCCUCAAAGCAGUGUCAGGGUGUUUCAAUAGUCACAACCUUUGACCAGAGUAAACAAGAUGAAUUGUACGCAACAACUUCAGUGCCUAUUUUAUCGCUUUCCUGUUCAGAGCUAAAUCAAACAAACACUUUAUCAAAAUUCCUGACACAGAUUCAGUCUACCACACCUACAUCAAAUUCACUUUUUUCUUCACCAGUGCAGCAUCAAAUAUCUUUGUUGCAGAGCAACUGUGCAACACGUGUGGUAGAAGACCCGUCAACAGGUUUUGUAUCAUCAACCUCAGAGAACACUCAGCCUGUUACAUCACUGAACACGUCAACAGUGAGUUAUUAUUCAGAAUCUGGUGUACAAACCUAUUCUUCAGUAACUACGACACCUACAGUACAAAACCAUCCUGCCUCCCCUGUGAAUGAAUCAGGAAAACCUCUUGGUCUUACAGGGGACACCAAAUCCACAGCGCAUGAGAAUACUCUGAAAAGCACGGCCUCUAAAAUGGCCACUGAUGACUUUCAAGGGUCCCAGGCUGAAGGAAACAUGAUACUAGUAAAUGGCUCAACACAGGCUCAGAACACAUUUUAUGUACGAACAGCAGACCUCCAGAUAGUCAUGCAGCUUAUUUCUGAUGAACAGCUAGCGCUGAUAGAGCCUCAUAUUGAAACAACAACUUCAAGCACUUUAACAAACCAGACAACACUUUCACAGGUGUAUAGCAAUGAUGUGACUCAUGUGUGCAUGGCACAGGAAAUGGUAAAUAAUGCUGAGAUGAGCAAAAAGAAAGGUUCCAGUUGUGAAUCUGCCAGUCCAAUAAAUAAAGCAGAAAUUGUUUGUAGUUUAAACUCUCAAAAUGCUAAAAAUUAUACAAAUGGAAGCCCUCAAUGUGUUUCAUCUUGGUCACAUGCACAGACGAAGGUUCAUAUCUCAGCCUCAGUGGAUUACAAAAAAAAUUCAACUGGACAAUUGUAUGAACCACAGAAGAUACCUGAAAAUUCACAGGAGAGAACAUCUGCUGGGUUUGAAGUUGCCACAGAGACACGCCACAAACUAGCAGCUGGAGACAAACUAAGUGAACCUCGUUUAGUGGACAGUAACUAUUCUAGAAGAGGAAAUGACAAAGAGCCCCAAAACUGUUCUGUCCAUAACCAAGAUUCUGACAACUCCUCGGAGGACCAAACAGUCAUAGAGGCAUCCAGAGAUAAAGAGCUGUUCUGUUUAAUGGAGCCAAAUCACAUUCAAACUAUAACAAAUAUUAAGCCAGAAGAGCCUAAUGAAACAAGCCACCUCAUGCCAGUCACAUUAUCAGGAAACUGUGAAAGUAUUCAAACAAAGAUCAGAACUUGUAUUUGUGAGAAAAAGACCUCUAUUGCAGAAUCACAUCAUAUGCAAAAAGAGCUAAACUCCACAAUACAACCCAGUCACAACAAGCCACACUGGGCUGCAUGUGGCAGCUCAGGUUUAGAUAGAAGAGAAAUGAGAGCAUGUGACAAAGGCAAGCUCAGCUGCAAGCACGGGACCCUGGUGACUGGAACAUUUUGUCCAGGCCAAACAUCUACACAGUAUGAUUUCAAACAGGCCUUUGCUCUAGGCUCAGGUGACUUUGGGAAUGACACCUAUAGUGGAGUGAAAGCAUCCUGUCCGAUGCUGAACAGGACAUCUAACAUUCAUAGCAUUCUUGAAGACAGUACCAGAUGUGGAGAUGUCCAUACACACCAUGCCAAUCUGGAAAUAUUUACAGGACCUGCCGAGGAUGGUACCCUCAAAAGCUUGCGGUUUCAGAGGGACCCUAGGAAACAGAGCAAGGAAUCAAUCCCCAAAGAUCCUGAGAGUGGAGGUGGAGAGGGGGAAAGAGCCAGCACAGAGGUGGCUGACAAGAACAACACAUGCCAAGUUUUCAAAGACAAUGGCAAAAUAGACAAAAGAAAGGAAGAUGCAACUUCUUGUGAGGAGCAUCUAACAUCUGCUCAAGCUCACCCACAUUUCUCUCGGGAAGUGUCCCUCAACAUUUCAGAACCACUUCAGCAUGAGAUAUUUGGAGUGCCAAACAAUCCGGAAGCAUCUGUUUGCACAAACAUUGUUUCACAAACCUUUCAACAUCAAGGUCAAGGGGAAUGUAACAAUACCAGAAAAGACAGCAUGGGUGAAUAUUUGGGGAAGAGUCCUUCUCAAGAGACAAGCCAAAAGGAGACAUCUUCACCAAAAUAUUCUAAUCAAACCUGCAGACAUCUUUUGGUACACCCACUCAAAGUGAAUACCAUACAAAAUGAAUUCCAAAAGGAGACACAUCCAAGGGGUCCUAUGAGCUACUGGAUUUAUUCAAAAGACAAUCAAGUACAGACAUCAGAGCACAAAAUGAGUGGCACAACUGUAUCAGCCAGCGUUUUGCAAAAUAACUCUGGUGCUUCAAAGACUGAGACUGUUCAUGCAAGUAUUGCUUCAUCAUGCAGUGCUGGGCCCAGUUCUUGCAAUGCCUCACAUCAAAUGUCUAUUCAAGAGCUGCACACUCAUCAAAUAUGUCCCCCAGCUAUACAUAGCAACCCAACAUAUUUAGGUAGCAGUAGUUACCUGGAACAUGAGGACAGUAACAGCAGCAGUGAUGAUGAGCAAAAACUAGUCAUUGAACUUGAGUAAGGUGGACGUACACACAAAACAAGGCAAAACACUCCAUUCUCAGUCCCAAGGUGUCCAAUACUGCUACAUGCCUCACCAUACAGACGACAAAAGAGCCCUUUAGCAGCUUUAGCAACUUGCCAUCAUUAGGCUGACGUGAAAGACAUGGUAUUUUAUCAUCAUUAAUCUAUAUACUGGGAUAUAACUUUGUUAUGUUGAUGUAACAGUCUGAUCAAAGCUCAGUCGAAAUAAUGUUUUCAAAUAACUGCAAAUAUUCAAAGUUUUUCAAGGCCAAACGAUUGAUUUGCAUGAGGAACAGACCGAAAUUUAAUCAUGAUACCAGUCUGAAUGCUGAUGCUGAAAUCCUGCAAACAUUCAUAAACUGUUGCCUGAAGAAGAUUUACCACAUCUAUGAUGUCAAAUGACAUUUGCUCUUUGUCUGUCUUCUGACAUUCUGCAUCAUGCUAAAUUUUGAAUUUAGCUUUUAAAUGAGAAGUGACUGUGUUUACAGAGAAGGAAUCUUUUCAUCUAUUAAAACCUUACGAUUCGCUUUGUUCCUCAUAGAGAGUGCUGCAAGUUUUCUCAAUCUAAGAUAGCUAUGGAUUCAAAAUGCAGCUCUAGUCAUUUAGACUUUUGUAGUGCUUUUUUGGUCUGUUCUUUCUCUCUUUUUCUUUGGAUACAAUAAUAAAAAAUAAAAAAACA